GCUCUGCAACUGUGCUUUCUGCAAAAGCUGAGGGGGCGUGAACUGUAACGCAAGCUAAGGAGAUGUUUUAGCAGAAGUUCACCUACUUCCCUGUCUGAAGAACUUCAAAGGCUAGUUCUGGAAUGGUUUAAAAAGUUAUGAAUUCUACCAGCUUCUUCCAUGUUCUGAGUGCCCCGAUGCCCGGUCCCACCAUGCCUGUGGACGUGGCCAUGCAGCUGUACAUCGCCAGCUCGCCGCCGCUGCGCAGCUUCCUCAGCUCCUACGAGGACUGCCGCGCGGCCUCCCGCAACCUGGCCAACGCCCAACGCUCCCACUGCUACAAGCCCCUGCGGCCCUGCCUGAGCUCCAGGCGCCGUUCAGGCGAUGACGACCUGGACCGCCUGGACCUGGAGCCUCCCUGCCUGGCCGGCUGGCAGAGCGACAACAGCCCCACCAAGGUCGCAGCCAAGGACAAGAAGCGGGUGGUGUUCGCCGACUCCAAGGGCAUGUCCCUGACGGCCGUGCACCUCUUCUCCUCCGGCGGCAACGCCAUGAUGGACGACCCGGCGGCGGAGGUGACCCAGGCGCUGUCGCGGCUGCAGUUGGAGCUGGAGAACGCCACCAGGGCCAUCACCACGGCAGCGGCGCCGCCGGCGUCCCAGAGCCUGACGCUGGACUUCCCCCAGCCCUCCGCCGACUACCUGGACUUCCGAAGCCGGCUGCUCAGGAACCAGGUGUGCCUGGAGAACUGCACGCUGCAGGAGCGCUCGCUCACCGGCACGGUGAAGGUGCGCAACCUGGCCUUCGAGAAGUCGGUGCAGCUGCGCGUGACCUUCGACUCCUGGCGGAGCCUGCGCGACGUGGACUGCACCUUCAUGAACAACGUGUACGGCUGCCAGGAGACGGACACCUUCGCCUUUGCCGUGGAGCUGCCGUGCUACGUGGCGCCUGCUAACCGCGUGGAGUUCUGCGUCUGCUACCGCGCGGCCGACCAGACCUACUGGGACAAUAACGACGGCGACAACUACCGACUGGUCGCCGCGGCGCCGUGGCAGAGCAGCCACGAAAGCAAGUGGUCGCCAACGUCCAAUAAGAAGAAGGAAACCUCCACCUCCAUCCUCACCAACAAAAACAACAACAACAACAACAGUAACGCUGCUGCAGGCCCCAAGAAGCCUAUCCGGAAGCUGGGUGCUCAGCUGGGCAGCCCAUCGCGGAUCACCACUGGCUUCUUCCCAGGGUGGCAGACUUGGGAUUGCAUCGAGAAUAGCAACCCCUACUGGUGAUGGUGGCAGUCGUGGUGGCGAUUUACAAGAAACAUCACAAGUGUAUCAAAAGACCUUCCCAGUGAGACAUCUUGCAGAGUGGGAACUUAAGAGUGCACUCCAUGUGCAGAUGAAACUGUUUCAAUGAUGACACUUAAAAAAAAAAAAUGGAACCAGAGAAGCUGACAUGUGGGGACAAAGGGGUCAGUUGUCAUGGGCCCAACGAGAGUGGGGGCCCAGAUUUGAGUUGACGUUACAUUGCAUGUAUUGGGUGAGUGGGCCCUUCAGAUGACUUUGUUCAAGAGCCAGCCAAAGCUGUCAACGGCCCUGGUUGGAACAGUAAGAAAAGGUUGUUACGUUAAUGUAAAAUAAGACUUGAUACCUACAUACAAAAUGCCUUGGCGUUGUACAGGUCCAGUAUGUACCAUACUACACAGACAAGUGAACUCUGCUUUGACAUUUCUCAGCCUGUUGUCUCGACCUUAUUAGCAGCUCAACCUGUUUGCUGGUCUUACAGAUUUUUUUUGCACAUAAACUGACUUGAACUGAACUGAAGCCUGACUUCAUAUUGACUCUUCAUAUUGAAGGUGCUCUCCCUUUAAAAAAAAUGUCCUCUCUGUGCAAGGAAGGAGUCAGGGGAGAUUUGUCAAGUCAAGUCAAGAUAUCAAGUCAAGAUAUCAAGUCAAGAUCAGAGGUGGAGCUAUAAUGGGACUCUGGCUCCUGAGCCCAGGGCCCUCCCGUAUUUGUAAUGGGGGCCCUGUCUGGACCUUGGCAGGCCGCAUUGGGGGCCCUAUCAGUGUUUUUGACCUGGGGCUCUUGGUGUAAUUGUUCUGCCACUGAUAAGGAUAAUGAUGAUGAACAAUCAUUCUUCUUUUCUUUUUACAUUUCUCUUUUGACUCUGUUCCAACAGAGGGAGACACCCGAACUCCUUACUUGCUCAAGUGCCUUGCCAUGUUUUGUGUUCAUGUUGCAAGCUGUAUCUUAUUGCAAUAUCAUGCAACUUAAAUGUAAACGCUGUUAAAUUGACACGCUUACGGUAGCUGCUAGUGGUGAAUGUGAACAUGUGGGACAUUGUAGUUUUAUUCUAGUACACUGCCCUGUUCUAGUGCCUUGUGUAUCACUGCGAUGUGAAGUUAGCUUUACUUCAAAUAUGUGCAAUUUUCAGAGAGCUUGAUAAUGGAGGUGUGUGUAUGAUUGUGUGUGAUUACAGAAUGUGUGAUUGAGAAUGUGAGUGUGAUGCAGAGAGUGCGAGAGAGAGAGAGAGAGAGAGAGAGAGAGAGAGAGAGAGAGAGAGAGAGAGAGAGAGAGAGAGAGAGAGAGAGAGAGAGAGAGAGUUUCAUAGAUGGAUGGAUGGAUGGAUGGAUG